AUGCAGGACGAGUGUCAGGCUGCCCAGGAGCGAUGCGAUAGCAACUUGUCUAGUGUUGGAGGCAUCAGUGUUCUACAGACGACUCGGACAAGGUUACCACCAUGCGCUGUGCGUAUAGUGGAUGAAGAAUAUAUAUUGGUUGGUGGAUACGAGCUUGACAAGCUUACUGGGUACAGGACAGGCACCAUUGAGGUAUAUAAUGAUGAAUUGAGACUGCAGAAGAGUUAUGAGACGUAUGGAGCUGUUCUAGACUUGAAGUUAAAUCCUUUUGAGCAGACUUUAGUUGGCACAGCACAUUCUACGGGUAACAUAAUGCUGUGGAGAUUUGAACAGGGAGCGUUAGAGUUGUUAGCAAACCUACAGGUGUUCGAACCAGAUGUGUUGAUAACCUCAUUGAGUUUCUCCCCCACUGAUAGAAGGUUGAUAGUUGUAACGACCACUGCGGGGAGCUUAAAAACUAUCGAUAUCGAAACAGGAGAACUAUUAAUGACCUCCAAUUCUAUUAAAAAGAUUUAUGAGAUCGCAGAGUGGAAGAAGAUACAAGUACAAGGGAAAACUGAGGUUGCGGUAGAUGUGGUUGAACUUUUCGACCAGGUUUCUAAACCUCACUCGCUAGAAUGCUGGACUGCUGAGUUUGGAUUCUUACCUCCUCUGGAAAAUGUAAUAUUUAGCGGUGGAGACGAUUGCGCGAUCCAAGCCCAUGAUAUUAGAUCCGGAGAAUUCAUUUGGUCUAAUAAGUCGUUACACACAGGUGGGGUGGUUGCCAUUAAGAGUAGCACCUGGACGUUUCGCUCACAUAUGCCAACUUCUAUUAUCACUGGUUCGUACGAUGACUACAUCCGCUCCUUUGAUCUGCGCAUGCUAGCAGACUCAAUUUUCCCAGGAGAGGAUCCCCGCCCACUCAAUAUCCAUGAACUGAACCUUGGAGGCGGCGUUUGGAGGUUUUCAGAAUCACCAUCAAAUACCACUUUAGGCACAAACGAACUGCUAGCAUGCUGUAUGUAUGAUGGGGCAAAAGUUGUAUCUUUAAAAGAUCAUCAGUUCACACUUAAAACUAGCUUCAAGAAAGGGCAUGAAUCUAUUUGUUACGGAGGCGAUUGGUGUUCUAGAUUCGUGGCUACGUCUUCAUUUUAUGAUAAAUCUCUGCAGCUAUGGAAGCCGUAA